CCCUGUCCGGCCACUGGCUGGCCCUGGCGGGUCUGCUGGUGCCGCUGCUGAAGCACUGCGCCAUGCAGGUGGUGGCCAUGGGUGCGCCGCGGGUGUACCUGCAGCACCGGCGGGCGCUGCAUGUGGGCGGGCUGGCGGCGAGGCUGCUGGGGCUGCUCAUGCAGGCCACAAGCGAGUGUGCUACGGUUCGUGCCAAGGCGUACAAGCAGGAGCUGGUGAUCGCGGGAGUGAGCAUGAUGGUGCAGCAGGACGACCCCAAGUCCUUCCUAGCGCAGCUGGGAGUGGCCGCCCUGGCCUGCCUGUGCGGCCACCUAGCUGGGCUGGGACCCGAGGACGACAUGCCCACCGAGGCGCUCAAGUUCAUGGCAACAUACUGCGCCAUGCUGGGACUCAAUACGCUGUACAACACGUUGAUGGGCGCUCCGCCCCCCUGGGCCGGCUCCCGACCCAGGGGUCGCACCGCCGACUCGUACUACGACCCACCAGAUGACGUCACUCACAACACCCAGACGCCCGAUGGCAGCAGCAGCCGAGCCGGCGGGGGCAGUAACGCGGGGUCCCGCGGCGCCACUCCGCGGCUUUCCUUUGAUGGCUCCGUUGGAGGCGGCGGCGGAGGUGGGGGUGCUGGCGGCGGUGGUGGCGGCGGCGGCGGUGGCGGAGGCGGAGGCAGUGGUACGACACAGUGGUACUAUCCGACGUCUACUGUCGGCGGUGGCGGUGGCGGUGGCACCGCAGCCUUCCCUGCAGUCGGCAGUUUGAAAUCCGUGCGCUCCUCAAUCGACCUGGGCGCCUACUCGUUGUUACCUUGCAUGGGAUCGGAGCCGGGUCCUACCACCGCCGCGAGGGCGGCCAACAGGGCGGCUGCUGCGGCCGCCGCCGCCGCUGCUGCCGCCGCCGCGGCAGCAGUAGAUGGCGGAGGUGCCGCCGCCCCAGCAGCAGCUGCCGUACAUGCACCUCCGCCGCUGUCGGUGCGUGUGCACCCGGUGCACUUGGUGAAGCUCUGCGUCAUUCGGGCCUUUGCGCUGGCCUACCUGGCCGCGCACAUCCUGCAGGUGGUCCGCGACAGCCGCAGGCGCGGCGAGCCGCUCACGCGCUACGUCGUGUCCGUACACCUGACGACGAUGAUUUCCGUACUUUACGGCAUUCCGCCGCUACUGGCCCUGGUUUUCCCUUUGGUUUAUGCGCGGUACGGCAGCACUCUAAACGUGGCUACAUGGACCGUACAGCUUGUCAUCCGGGCCAUAGCUCUUAUUGCUGAGCCCUCGGGAGUGCAUGACAUGCACGCCACCCGGUCUUUGUUCUUCAACCUUAUCACAGCAUUGGCCCUAGAUUGCGAACCCGGCGUGUAUGUACGGCUAACGGGUACGAUGGCCGUUGGCUGGGUUGCCGUACAUGUAUACCUGCUUGCCAGCCGCCCCAGCAUCCUAGCGUCGUCAUCAGGUGUCGACCUUGCAAAGCUUCUAGCCCUGUACCCAGUAGCUUGGGCCGUGGCUGUGGCGUUGAACGUCGGCACACGCGUACCGACCGUGCAUUUGGUCGCGACGCUGGGAACCGAGGGCGACGGCGCUGCCGCCGCCGCCGCCGGUCUCGUAGGCGGCGGCGGCAAUGGCACCAUGUCGUACAGCGAGCGACGUUGGCGGCGACGGCGACUGAGUCACGGCCCCGCGGCGCGCUUGGUCGGCAGCAAUGUCGCGACCGGCGAGGACCUGCUGUCCUUUCCACACCAUACUCCACAUCACCACCCGCACACCCUCCACCACGGUCACCACGGCCAUCAUCACCACCACAGCCACCACUCCCAGGGGCCACAGCUGCACCACACCCACCACGGGGGGUACGGCUACACGCAGCACAUGGGGGCCAGCCACCUGGGGCCGCAUGGAGCCGGCGGCGGAGGCGGAGGCCGGUUGUUAAGCCGGGUACGGAGCCAUAACCACCUGUCCAUCAUGGGAGGCGCCAGCAUGGGGCCCACUGCGCUAGCGGCGGCGGCAGGGGGGAUUGAAGGUGGUAGUGCAGGCGGGGUGAAGAGCCCGCGAGGGGACGGUCGCGGCGGUGGCGGCGGCGGCGGUGGUGUUGUUGGCAGCAGCUCGACGUCGAUACGCAAGUUGAACACGAGCGCUAGCUUCGGUUCCGCCGCUGGGUUCAGUCGUCUGUCAACCAUCAGCGACUCGCCGCCGACAUCGCCGUCACCGCCGCCUACGUUGCCGACGCCGCCAUGCAAACCGACGCCGGUGGCUCGGAGCCCUUUCUCGCGGGUUUCAUCCAUGGCGGAGGCUGAGAUGAAGGCGGCUGCGGCAGCGGCAGGUACGGAUGACGAGUCCUCGACAGCUGCCGGCAGUGAGCCGGCAGCUGGCAGCAGUUCACCAGUGGAGCCUGUGAGCCAGCAGACGCAAGGGCUGGCGGGGGCUGCAGCAGCUCCGGAGGCAGACGCGGAGGCGGUGUUAAAGCCUGUAGCCGACGUGCUAACCCGGGGUGGACUAGCCGACGUCAUGGUGAAAGCCGGCCAAGGAAAAAGAGCGCCCGCCAACGCUGUGGUUGCUUCUCCCCAUGCGGAAGUCGUAACUUUGGCAGCGGCGGCCGCUGAGGGAGCAGCAGCAGCAGCAACGGCGGCGGUGGCGGCCAGCUCGCCCGUCGCCAGUCUCGUACAGCAAUCUGAUGACGUGUACGACAGCACAGAGGUAGUCAACGCCCUACUAGAAUCAAUGACGGCGGAGGCGACGGCGACGGCGGUGGGUCCCACAUGGACUGGAUUCGGAAAAGCGGCGACGUCGACGGAGGUGAUGGGGGUGAUGAAGGCGGAGGCUUCCCCGCAGCUGUUGCCUCCCCCUGGAGAGGUGCUGCCUCCACUGCCGGAGGGCUCUUCAGCGGCGGAGCUGAGUGCGGCGUUGGGGUCGGAGGUGGCGGCGGCGGCGGCAGCGGCGACAACAGCGGCAGCGGUAGCGGCGGCGCGGGCUGAGCCUGUGCCGCCUCCGCUGCCGCCGGCCCCGCCACCGCUGCCCCCGCCGCCCGCACCCGCCUGCGACCCAUUGCAGGAGUAUGCCGCCCUGAGCUACUUUAUUCGGCGCCCGGCCGCAUGCAAGGGAGUGGACAUCCGCCGCCGUCUGGAAGCAGCCCUACGCGACCCGCCCGUCCCCUUCUGUCCACCUACCUCCUCUUCCUCUUUCUCCUCCCCUUCCUCCCCUUUCACCGCAGCCUCAACCACCACCACCGCCUCCCCACCAUCACCCUCAAUCCUAUCCUCCUCUAUCUCCCGUUGUUUCAACGGCCUCCGUCUCCUCACCCGCCUCCGCCCCUGCUCGUCCGCACCAAACACCAGCGACGCAUGUUGCAGCAGCACCAGCGAUAACAGCAGCAAGACACCCGAGCAACCGCCCCAGAAGCCACCUCACAAGCCCUCCCCCCGACUGCACCGCCACCGCUACUCCCUACGCGAUCGAGCCGCUGCAGCGCUGCGGCUGCUUGUGAUGCUGCACUCGGCGCUUCCCGUGCUGCGGCUGGGACUCGACCUGCUGACACCUCGAUGCAGAACCCCGAUGGACGCCGCUUCGGCCGCCUGCCUCGACGUCUUCUCCUUCUCCUUCCCUGCCGCCUCCUCCUCCUCCCUCCUGGGACUGGGCUCGCUGGCAUCUCUCCUCACAUCUUCUUCGCCCUCGGCUGUCGCCUCCGCUGCCUCUAACAUGGCCACCGCUGCCGCUGCUACAGCUACUGCUUCCAAUGCCACUGCAGCUGUUAACCUGACUGCUGCUGUGGCUGCUGCCGCCGCCAACCCGCCGCCGUACCUCAGUCGCUCGCUGCUCCUCCACCUAGCCAGCAUGGCAGCAGACGUGUUGUUCAGUGUCCUGCCGUACACCACUCCAGAUCUCUUUGCUAGGUGGCGUGCCGUACUGUGGCCCGCCAUGCUGAUUGCCAAUGAGGAGAUCCGUCUGCUUGUCCUGGAAGGCAUGGGUGUGUGCGUGGGCGGCCCCAGCCGGCCCCUCUACUCCCUCUUCCUGGCCGCUGCGCUGUGGAGGCUGCUGGAGCUGCCCCCGCGCGCCUUCCAGUGGGCCAUGGGGCUGCGGCUGGCCACGCUGAUGCACCACGCGAGCAUGCUGUACGACAUGGAGGCGGGCAACACGGCGGGCUACCUCCAUCCCCUCAUCCGUACUGCCGUGCUCUCCGUGGGUGGCUACGUGGCGACGCAUCUGCUACUCACCCAGGCCGUACCCGCAGCCAACCUCGCCGCAGCCGCCGCAGCGGCGGCAGGCCGUCGGCUGCCCGCAGCGCGGCGGUGGUUGUACGGCAUCUUGGCCACGUCAGACGGUGCCGUACUUUUGGGUUUGGCGGGGCUUGCCGUCAUACACGUGCUGACGAGCAUUGUGGACAUGGACGCGUACCGGGGGUCCGAGGUGGCCCUGGUUUCGGAGCUUGUGGGGCUCGUACAG